AACUUCUUUCAGUCGUCUGCUCAGACAAGUGUUGUCGAUUGAAAAAAAAAAGUAAUAAACCGGAAGAAAUUUGAAAGAAAAUGUCCAUUAUCACGCGUGUUGGACAUAUUGUUUUGACAAAAUCCAUCGGAAAUAGCAUUACCGUCUCGAAAAAUGCCGUUCUUCCGUUGUCAAGAUUAUCUUCGAGUUUGACUGCAACUUCACAGAAUGAGAUCAAAGAACACGAGCCCUCGAAUGAAAAUCCCGCAGACGUUCUCGAGGCCAAAAGAAACAAAUCCAAGUUAAAAAGUCGUCACUAUAAAAUUCUCCAUGGACAGAUGGGAGUCGAUCCCCAAAAUCCGUUGUUCCCACGUGAAGAAACAGUGAGAUACAGAAGAAAGCUGAUUGCCAGGCAUGGUCUCGAGACAGGAAUCAAUUUAGGGAUUGCAUGGCCAACACGAGAGGAAUUGGAAAACCAGCUCGAGUACGAUAGAGUAGCCCAUCCAUUCACCAUACAAGAAAUGGUGGAGAAAAAGAAGAAAUUACGAGAGGAAGAAGCAAACAGAAUUGUGGAAAGACAAAAGGAAAUCAAUUUGAAAAUGGGUAAACUGGGUUCUUGGAUGAAAGAACUGAAGGACAAGAAUCAGAAAAAGGAGGCAACUGCUCGUGUGGCCCAAGAAAAGAAAGAUGCUUUGAUUGAAGAAGUUCGUCAACAUUUCGGAUAUGUGGUCAGCGUUAAAGACCCCAAGUUCCAGGAAAUGAUGGAGCAAAAGGAAAAAGAAGCAAAGAAAGCUGAAAAGGAUAUGAAGAAGAAGGUCAGAGUAGAAAGGAAUGCAAUUAAAUCCAUUGCUUUUGCUGAACAAAUAAGUGCUGAAAAGGAAACUAAAUCUGAAUAACAACACCACUUUUUCUUCAGUUUUGUACCAUUUUCAAUUAGUCCAUAAAUAAACACAUAAAAAAAUUUGA